AUGUCCACCGGUCUUGACAUCGUCCACACUGCUGGCGCCGCCCAGCCCGUCGGCCCCUACUCCCAAGCCAUCAAGGUCAACGGCCAGAUCUUCCUCUCCGGUCAAAUCCCCCUCACCAAGGACGGCGUCCUGAUUGAGGGGUCCGUCACCGAGAAGACCCGUCUCUGCUGCGAGAACAUCAAGGCCGUUGUCGAGGCGGCUGGCUCUAGCGUGGAGAAGAUCUUCAAGGUUACGGUCCUCCUCGCUGAUAUGGCCGACUUCGAUGAGAUGAACAAGGAAUACGCCAAGUUCUUUGCUCACAAGCCGGCUCGCUCUUGCUUUGCUGUUAAGCAGCUGCCUAAGAAUGUGCCUGUUGAGAUUGAGUGCAUUGCUCUUGCUUAG